GAAAACCACCGUAAGAGAAACUCAAUCCCCCCAAUUCAAUUCACAUAAAUGAACUUCCAAUUCAACUCAUUUCCAUAGUCGCUCAGGAGGAGCAAUCGCGAUUUGCAUUUAUAAACCCAUCGAUCGGAGUCCGCCGGCGAGAAUCGCUCGAUACAGAGGGGAAUCAGUCAGGGGCAGGUUUUCUCUGUUUCUUUUUGGAGGGAAAGAAAAAUGGCGAACCUUCCUAAUUCGCUCUCCAUGAAUGCUCCCUUCGGAGGACCUGGCGGCCCUAACCCUGGCGCCGCAGGGGCACCGGCCGGAAAGGAACGGAGAAUGGCGUCUGCCGAGCACUUGGUUCUCGAGCUGAGCAACCCGGACCUUCGAGAGAACGCUCUUCUCGAGCUCUCUAAGAACAUCGUCUCGUUGAUUCCUGUAGUGCAGUGCACCCUAGGACAUAAGAGGGAAUUAUUUCAGGAUUUGGCUCCAUUGCUGUGGAACUCCUUUGGUACAAUUGCUGCACUUUUGCAGGAAAUAGUUUCAAUAUAUCCUGUUCUGUCUCCGCCAAACUUAAGCCCUGCUCAAUCAAAUAGGGUCUGCAACGCCCUUGCUCUGCUUCAGUGUGUUGCCUCUCAUCCGGAUACAAGGAUGUUGUUCCUUAAUGCUCAUAUACCUCUCUAUCUGUACCCUUUCCUCAACACAACAAACAAGUCCAGGCCUUUUGAGUACUUGAGGCUUACUAGUUUAGGUGUCAUUGGUGCUUUGGUGAAGGUUGAUGACACUGAAGUCAUUAGUUUCCUUCUGUCAACUGAAAUAAUCCCCUUGUGUCUGCGUACCAUGGAGAUGGGGAGUGAACUGUCGAAGACGGUCGCAACAUUUAUAGUUCAGAAGAUAUUACUGGACGACGUGGGUCUUGAUUACAUCUGCACUACAGCAGAAAGGUUUUUCGCGGUAGGAAGAGUUCUGGGUAACAUGGUGACGGCGCUUUCUGAACAGCCAUCUCCUAGGUUGCUGAAACAUAUCAUCAGAUGCUACCUUCGACUAUCUGACAACCUCAGGGCGUGUGAUGCACUAAGGAGUUGCCUACCAGAAAUGCUGAGAGAUGCUACCUUCAACAGCUGUCUUCGCGAAGAUCCGACCACAAGGCGAUGGCUGCAACAGUUGCUUCACAAUGUCGGGGUGAACCGCGUUCCUGCUGGACUUCAGGGUGGUGGAGGAUUUGAGCAUAUGUUGGUAAACUAGAAUCAUCAAUCUGGAACUGCAAUGAGGUCGAGUCUACCUUGGAGUUGGUGGUGUUAAUUCUAGGAUAGAAGUAAAAGGAGUGAAAGUGCUGGUAGGUGUAGCUGGCUGGCCUUUCUUGUGGAUGCUUAUCAAUUGAUUGUCUGGCGACGGAGUUGGGUUCUGAAUGUUACCUAUUAUGUUGACAGCCUUCUAUCUCAAAGGAUGAAGCCUACAUCAACUUGUUUAUUGAGCUUAAUUUCUAUUUGGGCUGUAGAUAAAGAUAGAAUAUAUGUUUAUAAAGACAAACUGUCUUCUUGCAAGGGGGGUAAUUUUAUGUUGGG